AUGCUUCCCCCCACCGUCUCCCAUGCUUCCCCCCACCGUCUCCCAUGCUUCCCCCCACCGUCUCCCAUGCUUCCCCCCACCGUCUCCCAUGCUUCCCCCCACCGUCUCCCAUGCUUCCCCCCACCGUCUCCCAUGCUUCCCCCCACCGUCUCCCAUGCUUCCCCCCACCGUCUCCCAUGCUUCCCCCCACCCUCGCCCACGCUUCACCCCACCCUCGCCCAGGGUUCCCCCCACCGUCUCCCAUGCUUCCCCCCACCGUCUCCCAUGCUUCCCCCCACCGUCUCCCAUGCUUCCCCCCACCGUCUCCCACGCUUCCCCCCACCGUCGCCCACGUUUCCCCCCACCCUCGCCCACGCUUCCCCCCACCAUCGCCCACGUUUCCCCCCACCCUCUCAUCCGCCCUUCAUCUCAUCCUCCCGUCCUCACAUCCUCGUUUCCUCUCAUCCUCCCGUCCUCUCAUCCUCCUUUCCUCUCAUCCUCCUUUCCUCUCAUCCUCCCUUCCUCUCAUCCUCCCUUCGUCUCAUCUUCCUUUCGUCUCACCCACCCUUCCUAUCACCCACUCUUCCUCUCAUCCCCCCAUCCGCCCCACCGUCGCCCACGCUUCCCCCCACCCUCGCCCACGCUUCCCCUAGACGGGACAGGGGAGUGGGGGAGGCGGGGCAGGGGGGGCAGGGGAGGCGGGGGGUACCGUCCGCCCUUCCACUCUCCAUUCAGCCCUUUCUCCAAGCCUCUCUCCACCCUACCACUCUCCCACCCACUCUGUCUUUCAUCCUCCUGCCCCUCCACCCUGCCGCCCUUUUUUUCAAGCUGCCACUUUCCGAUCUUCCUGUCGGCCGCCUUUUCUGUCCGACCCACUUGCUACACCCUACUUGA